AUGGAUAAGAAGAAUGAGGAGCCAAGUUCUUCGAUAGGUGGACCUUUUCUGAAUAACUGCACUGCUCCUGUCAAUGCUUGUCACAUGGAGACCAACAUUUCCUAUGUGGAUUUUUACCUUCACCAGCCACUUGUUGCUGCUGUCUUCAUCAUCUCCUACCUCUUCAUCUUUCUUCUGUGCAUGAUUGGCAAUGGAGUAGUCUGUUUUACUGUUCUGCAGAGCAAACAUAUGCAUACUGUCACCAACCUCUUCAUCUUGAAUCUGGCUGUCAGUGAUCUGCUGGUGGGGAUUUUUUGUAUGCCCACCACUCUACUGGAUAAUAUCAUAUCAGGAUGGCCUUUUGGUAAUAUUGCCUGCAAAAUGAAUGGUAUGAUCCAAGGAAUAUCUGUUUCUGCUUCUGUCUUCACUUUGGUGGCAAUUGCAGUUGACAGGUUCCGUUCUAUUGUUUAUCCUUUUAAACAAAAGCUUACCAUAUGGACAGCAUUAAUCAUCAUAGCCAUCAUCUGGGUCCUGGCUAUUGCCAUCAUGUGCCCAUCUGCUGUAAUGCUGAAGGUGAAAGAGGAAAAACAUUUCAGAGUCAUGCUGGGCGAUGACAACCAAACUCGAGCCAUCUACUGGUGCCUGGAAGAUUGGCCCAACCAGGACAUGAGGAAGAUCUACACAACAGUCCUCUUUGCCAAUAUCUACUUGGCUCCCCUGUCACUCAUUGUCAUCAUGUAUGCUCGGAUAGGGAUCACGCUUUUCAACACGGUGCCUGCCUCUGGAAAGCAAGGCCACGAACGCCAUUCAGUUUACAGGAAGAAGUUGAAGGUCAUCAAGAUGCUGAUCAUUGUGGCUUUGUUAUUCAUCCUCUCCUGGCUGCCGUUGUGGACCUUGGCCAUGCUCUCUGAUUAUGCUGACUUGAAUCAGACUCAACUGCAGCUCAUCAAUAUCUAUGUCUACCCUUUUGCCCACUGGUUGGCCUUCUUUAACAGUAGUGUCAACCCAAUCAUCUAUGGCUUCUUCAAUGAGAACUUCCGUCGGGGUUUCCAAGCUGCUUUUCGGCUUCAGCUCUGCUCUGGGGAUGCGAUGCCUCGGGAGAUGUAUUCUCAACGGGCCCAAAACAAUGCUGUUUUGCCUGCAGCAGUUCCCCAGCAGCUAGGACGUGAUCUUUCCUCAUCUGUUGCAGGGCGGCCAAUUCAAAAGGGGAACUGGGUGGAUAAAACACAGGUUCUGAUGAUGGAGAAUCUAGAAGAUGUUACAAAUGACAUUGGCACUAAACAAGACUUGCUAUGA